AAGACCCAUCCAAUAACAUUGUGAGCAACUUGACUUUAUCCAAAGAUGAGUGGUUGACUCUUAAGACCGUUGUUUGUUCCGCUAAACAUCCAUGUUUCCCAGAACAGAGGGAUGAAAUUCCAGCUGGUUAUAUAAAGAAAGAUCCUGUAGUGGUUAUCAGGAGGACUUUGAUGAAAUCAGCACAGGCAGACAGUGCUGUGCUGGAGUGUGUUGUAAAUGAUCUUCCCUCUGGUGAGGUCUGCAUCAACUUCCAGGCCAAUAAUACUGAUAUCUCAGAUUUAAGUUGUGUGGAUUGGGCCCCUUCUGAAAAUAUUUGGUACUUGACCAAACAUUUUACAAUACCUAGUGAGCACCAGAAGAAUGGAAAAGUCUUUACCUGUAAAGUUCAUAGACUCUUCAAAUCCUGGACAUCCCAAUCUACUGGAAACAUUUUUGGUGAUGUUACCAUAGAGCUCGCUGUUGUUCCCAGUGUGGGUCAGUCUAGUUCAGACUCACAGAAGCUGCUGUGUUCAGUGACGGGAUUUGACCCGAAGAUCAAGUGGCUUUCACAGUCUAGGGAGAAAACUGGCAGAGAUCCAGAUGUUACAGUGAUGGAAGAUGGACGUGUGAAAGCGUACAGUGAGAUACUGGUGCCACAGCAAGAGUGGAAUCAAGGGGUCACUUACACCUGUCAAACUAAAACUGCUGAGAAAAAUGCCAGCAUUUGCACAGGUAAACAUACCAAAUGUGACAGGAACCCCUUGCCCCUCUCUAGUCAACAUUGCAAUGAGAUGCAGAUAUAUGAUAAUAUUAUAAUUUAUGCAAGAAUGUUUGGUUUCUUUCUAUACAUACACUCUUAAAAACAAAGGUUGUUUCAUGUUGCAUGAAGAACCUUGAAUGUCAAUGGAACCUCUCAAAUGCAAAAAAGA